AUGAGUGUCAUAUUCGGCGAAGCGAUAGCCGAACUCGUGGAACUGGAAUCAAGUCUCUGGGAUUGGAGUACGGAGGAGUAUCAUAUCGAAGCACGCAAGGACGAAGCAUGGGAUAGAAUUCACCAAAAACUUUUGCAAAGAAAAAGCUGUACUAGCAAACUCGGACAAGUCGUGUCGAUGGACGAUGGCAUAUAUUCGUCAGCUGUGGUGAUGGAAUUCUUUCAAGAGUUGCAAAAGUGCAGAGUGCCCGUCCAUACACGAAUAGGUUUUGCAAAAGCUAUUGCGGGCUUUUACGAAUUCCUCAACGUGUACAUCGACGCUGGUGGAUCAGCUGUGAUCAAGUGGCCUCAUAUUAAUAUAUUCGCUUUUGAAGCGCUGAUGUUCUACAUUGUUCAAUGCAACACAGCCCGCAACGAAGUAAUCUACAAGACGAAAUUCAAAAGAGUCUUCGACUUUAGCGAAAAGGGAUAUGCUCAAACUGGCUUGCGACGCAAUUUGGACGGGGACGGUGGUAAAAAAGAACUGGGUAGGUGCUUAUCCACAAACCAAGUGCCUCAAUCGAGUCCGUGA